ACCCGCCCCACAAAGGGGGACCCAGCCCUCGUACUGUCCCGAGCACCAGAAAGGUGUGCUCGUGUUGUCCUGCAUUGUAUAACAGCUCCAGCUCUCAGAAACAGCUGGCACAUCAGCAGUCCCCAAGUCCUAGGGUGUUCCUGUAUAACAAGUACCAUCAUCAAAACAACUGCUGAGUGGCAGCUGUUGAGUGUCAUCUCUUCAUCUUCAAGAGUGGAAAAAACUAUGAAUGGGAGCUGUGUCUCUGAGCAGGAUGGGGAUAGCUCGAGUUCAGGACACUCAGGUGGGCAGAAAGAAGAGCCCUGUCUCCAAAGAGACUCAUUGUUCUCUUCCCCCAGUGUGUCCAUCAUAUCACAACUCCUCAGCCAGACAAUCGCUAACAGGGGACUGGAUCCAAACUUCCUUUUCCCUUCCUCGCAGACAACAGAAUCACCCCAGGAAGCCAGGGACUGUCCAUCUUUUAAGGAAGGGACAUCAACCCUGACCUCCCCUUUGUGCUACACUCCAAUCUCCAGUUUUGGUGACACAGACCAGUUCUAUAAUGAACACUUACGAGCUAAGAGAGCCAGAGUGGAAAGCAUUAUCCGAGGUAUGAGCCUCUCACCAAACCCUACCGCACUUGGUACCAAUGAGGAAAGAGACAGAGAAUGCCCUGUGGAGAAAAGAAGCGAGAACUACAGGGAGAACAAGAGAAAGCAGAAGCUUCCCCAGCAACAAAGCCCACAUGUAGCACAGCUUGCAGUAAGAGGCAGGAGCAGCGCCAAGGCAGAGGAUUGCCGCCAACUGAAGGAACAGCUUCAAGUUUUGCAGCAGCAGCUGAGGCAGCUUCAAGAGAAAUUCUUGCAGGUUUAUGAGUUCAGUGAUUCAGAUCAAAGCCACAAAGGGAUGGAGAAGACUAUGCACUUACUGAAGGGGAAGUGUGGAGACAGUCUAGAUGAAAGCUGUCAGGCUGCUGCCAGUGACCAACACAGAACUCUUCUUUGGAGGAGCAUCUCAGAGAUGGAAGGCCACAAAGUGUCAGAAGAAGAAAGGAGAACGGGGGAUCUGGGUGAACUGUCCUCUGAAGAAAGAACCUUUUCUGAGACAUUAAAGCAUGAGCUAGUCACAGUGGUAUCUCAGGCUGUGGACACGGUUUUGAAAAAAGUGUUGUCCAAGCCAUCAGGCCAUCUGGCUCAGCUGUACAACAGCCUCCCAAUCUCAGUGCCAGACAGUAGAAGAGAGGAUUUUGCCUCUGAGGAGUACUCCACCAGAAAAUGGCUUCCUGGGGCUUCCUCCCAAAAUUUGGUAAACUCACUGACUGAAGCCCAUACAGAGGCCUUGUCGCUAGUCAUGGAUAAGUCUCCAGACUUUCAUGUUCACCCGAUCAGUUCAAGAAUGGCUAGAAAAUCCUGCCAUGUACCUAACAUGAAUCACCCCUUGGUCAUGACUUCUCAAGUUCAAGAAAAACAGAUUCUUAGCCAGCUACUAGAGUACAGUCAAAAUGGCCAUUGGAACAGCAGCUCUCAUAGAAUUGCCUCUUCCCCAGACCGGUGUUCUCAAGAGUCCCUAGAUCUACCUUGGAGAGCAGUCAAAUUGAAGUCAUCAGUCAUGAGACACCAGCAAUAUCCAAUGUCUCUUAAUACCGCUGAAAUGGAAAGUUUGGCUCUUCUUCCAGCCAGGAAGGCAGAAUGUGGAGAUCUGCAGACUGUGAUGGAUGGGAUGCCCUUCUCCUCAGUCCCUAUCCAGGAGGCGCUGACCCCUGGCCACCUGAAGAAGGCCAAGCUGAUGUUCUUCUUUACUCGCUACCCCAGCUCCACUCUGUUGAAAACCUACUUCCCUGAUAUCCAGUUCAACCGCUGCAUCACUUCCCAGCUCAUCAAGUGGUUCAGCAACUUCCGUGAGUUUUACUACAUCCAGAUGGAGAAGUUUGCCCGACAAGCCAUCUUGGAGGAAGUCACGGAUUCCAAACACCUGAUGGUUUCUCGGGACUCUGAGCUCUUCAGGACCCUCAACAUGCACUAUAACAAGGGGAAUGACUUUGAGGUCCCGGAUCGCUUCCUGGAGGUUGCUAGCAUGACCCUGCGGGAGUUCUUUAGUGCUGUCAGGGCAGGGAAGGACUCUGACCCCUCCUGGAAGAAACCCAUUUACAAAAUAAUUUCAAAACUGGACAGUGACAUCCCAGAUGUGUUUAAAUCUUCCCGCUGCCUCCAAGAACUAGUUCAGAGUUAAAUCUGUAAGGGAAGUGGCCUAAGACUAUGUUAUGCUGCAGCUUGAUCAGAGAGAGGCUGGCCUGAGCUAUGUAGCUGUGGGGCCCAGCCUACAUUGUGGGUAAUGUUACUAGUAUAAAACAGCAAUAGCACCAUUUAUUAUGACGAUAUCUAAUCUGGCCUGAAGCGUGCCCUCCCCUCUGGAGAGGUCUAUUACAUACUUGAACUGCCAGUAUUUUAUGUCAUUCGUUAUACCAGCAGUCCCCAAACUUUUCACCUGAGGGGGCUGGCAGCUAGGUGCUGGGAGCAGAGCCC